AAAUACAUUUUUAUCUUUACAUUUAUUUUAUUCCCGACGAUUGUAUGAGGGCGGAAGGGACGCCAGGAAAUGAGCGAUAGCCGCCGCUGAUUUCAGCGUGGCAGCACAGUACACUUCGCUAAUCAAACAUGUCAGGCGAGUUGAAGACUUACGGGGAAAAGCCGAAACCUUUUCAGUUAGAAAAGGAUGGCGAGUGGUACUAUGUCGGUUCGCAGGUGGGUAACUACCUGCGGAUGUUUCGUGGAUCACUUUACAAGAGGUAUCCAGGCAUGUGGCGCCGUCUGCUUACACCAGAUGAAAGGAAAAAGAUACAAGAAAUGGGUGGAGCGGUGCAGCAGCAUAUAUUUGCCACGAGUGUAACCCUCUUACGGGCAGCUGAAGUUGAUGACAUAACCAGAGGCAAUGAGGAGAAGUACAAGGCUGUAAUCUUUAGUGCUGACCAGAUCCCUAGAGAAGCGAAACCGAAGCGGGCGCCGUGGGUGUCGACGGUGCCUAACAGUUCACACCACCUCGACGCCGUGCCGUGUGCAACGCCGAUCAAUCGCAACCGCAUCGGCCACAAGAAGCUGCGGACCUUCCCACUGUGUUUUGAUGACCAGGAUCCAGUGGCUGUGCAUGAGGUUGCCAACGCGAUGGAGGAACUUGUUCCGAUUCGGCUCGACAUGGAGAUUGAAGGCCAGAAGCUGCGUGACACGUUCGUGUGGAACAAGAACGAAACGCUGAUCACGCCCGAGCAGUUUGCCGAGAUUCUGUGCGACGACCUUGACCUGAACCCGUUGAACUUUGUGCCGGCGGUGGCGCAGGCGAUCCGGCAGCAGAUCGAGGCUUUCCCGUUGGACAAUAUCCUGGAGGAGCAGUCAGAUCAGCGAGUCAUCAUUAAGUUGAACAUUCACGUCGGCAACAUCUCGCUUGUCGACCAGUUUGAGUGGGACAUGUCAGAGGAGAACAACAGCCCGGAGGAGUUCGCGUUGAAGCUGUGUUCGGAGCUGGGCCUCGGCGGAGAGUUCGUCACGGCGAUCGCCUACAGUGUGCGCGGACAGCUCAGCUGGCACCAGCGCACCUACGCGUUCAGUGAGUCUCCCCUGCCAGUGGUGGAGGUUCCGUAUCGGACACAGUCUGAGGCCGAGGCCUGGACACCAUUCCUAGAAACACUCACAGAUGCAGAGAUGGAGAAGAAAAUCAGAGACCAGGAUCGAAAUACAAGGAGAAUGAGACGAUUAGCAAACACAGCACCAGCAUGGACAUAGACACUGGCCAUCUCAAUACUGCUGCCCGCUGCAGGGUCAAUAUUUAUAACUGGUCGUCUAUCAUCUGUACACAGUGUUUCAAUGGUUCGUAUUAUAUGUUAGUUUUCCAAUCGGUAUAGUAACUAGAUUACUAUUUGAGUUAAGAUUAGGAGAGCGUGAGCGUUUAGCACACUGUUGAAAAAAAGAUUGAAGGUAUGAAGAGAUACGUUGUUAUGGAAAAGGAAUGUCAUGUGUGAUGUUGUUCUCUUGGUCGUUUGUAUUCAUCCCAAAUUUCUUAAUAAUGUGUG